GCCCUCCCCGAGAAACCGAAACUGAAACGCAGCUCAGUCCAGGCUCAGUGCCAGGCUCAGUCCAGGCGCUGGAGAUAAGGACCAGCAAGCCACAGAGACUGCACUUCCUGGCUGACCAUGGUGCAGGAGCUCAGAAACACCCGGGCCAGGGACCUGGACAGGUUCAUAGAGGACCAUCUCCUUCCAGACACGUACUUCCGGUACCAUAUCAAAGUAGCCAUCAGCACGGUGUGCGACUUCCUAAAGGAAAGAUGCUUCCUACAGACUGCCCACCCCGUGCGGGUCUCCAAGGUGCUGAAGGUGAGCCCUGCGAAUGAAGGCACCACACUCAAAGGCCGGACCGAUGCCGACCUGGUCUUCCUGAAUAAUCUCACCAGUUUUGAGGAGCAGUUAACACGCCGGGGAGAGUUCAUUGCGGAAAUCAAGAGACAGCUGCAAGCCUGUCAGCGGGAGGAGCAGUUUCGUGUGAAGUUCGAGGUCCAGAGUUCAUGGUGGCCCUUUUCCCGGGCACUCACCUUCAAGCUGAGCUCCCCGGAGCUCCAGGAGGAGGUGGAAUUUGAUGUCCUGCCGGACUAUGACGCCCUGGGUCAUGUCCACAAAUACAGCAGGCCUGACCCCCAAGUCUACACCCGCCUCAUCCAGGAGUGCACCAAACUGGGAAAGGAAGGGGAGUUCUCCACCUGCUUCACUGAGCUCCAGCGUAACUUCCUGAAGCAGCGGCCAGCCAAGCUGAAGAGUCUCAUCCGCCUUGUCAAGCACUGGUACCAACUGUGUAAGAAGAAGCUUGGGAGCCCGCUGCCCCCACAGUAUGCCCUGGAGCUGCUCACAGUCUACGCAUGGGAACGUGGGUGUGGAGCCCAUGAGUUCAACACAGCCCAGGGAUUUCUGACCGUCUUGGAACUAAUCAUGAACUACAGGCAGCUUCGCAUCUACUGGACUGAGUAUUAUGAUUUUGAACAUGAGAAUAUUUCCAACUACCUGCAUUCACAGCUCACAAAAGUCAGGCCUGUGGUCCUGGACCCCGCUGACCCUACAGGAAACGUAGCUGGUGGGAACUCAAAGGGCUGGCAGCGGCUGGCAGGAGAGGCUAAGGCCUGGCUGCAGUACCCAUGCUUUAAGAAAUGGGAUGGGUCCGUAAUCGGCUCCUGGGAUGUACCGCCCGAGGUCGAUGUGCCACACCUGCAGAGCAACAGUUUUCUUUAUUUUUGGCUCUUUUUUCUGUUUUUGGUUUUGCUUUUUUUGAUCCGGGAUAUUCGUUUAUUUUUUCUCCUUCUGAUUUUAUUUGUUGUGUUCCGGACUUCUGCUACAUAA